UGAAAGCAUGGAUGUUUUGAAUAAUUUGGGAUCUUGUGAACUAGAUGAAGAUGAUCUAAUGCUCGAUCUAGAAUUAUUAGAGGAACAGACUCUUCAUCCACCUGUUUGCCGGGAGGAAUCGUACAACUCUGUAGUCUCAUGUGCUGCUGUAGUGCUCACUCCUAUGGAACCAACAAUAGAAAUGAGGAAAGGAGAAGAGCUAAAAUUCCCUGAACCUUCCAAACAGAACCUUUCACUGAAGUUAACAAAAGACAUUGAUCAGGAAGGCAGGUGUUCACAUAUUAGCCGAAUGCCCAGUAGUCCGUCUGCAGACUGGCCCCUGCAAGGUGUGGAAGAAAAUGGAGGCAUAGAUUCUCUGCCCUUCAGACUGAUGUUACAGGACUGCACAGCUGUCAAGACACUAUUGUUAAAGAUGAAGAGAGUUCUUCAAGAGAGUGCGGAUAUGAGCCCAGCAAGUAGCACCACUUCACUUCCAGUUAGUCCUCUUACUGAAGAGCCAUUGCCUUUCAAGGAUAUAAUGAAAGAUGACUGCUCAAUGCUGAAGCUGCAGCUGAAAGAGAAGGAUGAACUCAUUUCCCAACUUCGGGAAGAGCUGGAUAAAGUAAAGCAUUUACAGAAGGCUUUUGCUUCAAGAGUAGAUAAAUCCACACAGACUGAAGUUCUAGGCUAUGAUGGUUUGAACCUGAAAAGACUGGAGGCGGUACAAGGAGGGAGAGAGGCUACAUAUCGAAACCGAGUUGUGAGCCAAAGUCUCAGCACAAGGGACAGAAAAGCAAUACAUACUCCCACCGAGGACCGUUUUAGAUACUCGUCAGCUGACCAGACAAGCCCCUACAAAAGCAAGACCUGUCAACUAUCAAGUAUGUGUUUAAAUAAUUUCUUGAAGGACAAGGAACUAGUGGAAGUUAUCAAACACUCAAGAGGAACUUGUGAAAGCCUCACUUCAGAGGUCACCCAGAACUUAAGGGCCACUGUUGGGCAGAACUCUCUGAAGCCAACAGCUAAGACUGAAGGGCUCCCCACGUCCUCAGAGAAACCAAAGGACCAAGCUGCUGUGGCCCGACAGCAUUCAACCUUUACAGGCAGGUUCGGACAGCCACCGAGAGGGCCAAUCUCUUUACACACAUACAGCAAAAAGAAUGUUUUUCUCCAUCACAAUUUACACACCACUGAGCUGCAGACUCUAGGCCAACAGGAUGGGUAAUUACAUCACCCGAUUCUGUCUCUGAGUAAAGAUGGUUAGUGUUUCUCGUUCAUAGCUCACAUUUCAAUAGUCACGUACUUUUUAUUCUUUUUAUUUUUGGUUAUAAACAAUGAAUUGUGUACUUUUUUUUUAAGAAAGAGGGUUCAAGCAUGUUAAUUGAAUUAGGUUUAAUAGCCUUGAAGGUUUUAUUAUAUAAAUAUGUAUAAUAAAUGGGACCAUCUUGCUGGU